CAUCUUCUUGCUGACGCUCGAACAUAUGCUUCAAUGGCCAUAAAUGUUCGCACUGUAUGUGGUGCGCUGAGAAGGUUCACUCCGCUUCACGCCUCCGAUUGGGUUUCGAAGAGAAAAGGUUUCUGCUGCAAGAUGUCGACCGACUCAACUCCCUUAACUCACUCUAUCACACUUCCCAAUAAACAGAAUGAGCCCGUUCUCAUCGUUGCUGCUCCCGGACUCUCCCAUUCUGAUUUCUGGAGUGCUGUUGAGUCCUCUUUGUUCAAGCAGUGGUUGCGUAACUUGCAAACUGAGAAUGGGAUUCUAGCUGAUGGUACCAUGGCUCUGAGACAAGUUCUAAUUCAGGGCGUAGACAUGUUUGGAAAGCGCAUUGGGUUUCUCAAGUUCAAAGCUGACAUUUUUGACAAGGAAACAGGGAAAAUGAUUCCAGGCAUUGUAUUUGCAAGAGGACCAGCUGUGGCUGUGCUGAUACUCCUGGAAUCAGAGGGUGAGACUUAUGCUGUUCUUACUGAACAGGCAAGGGUUCCUGUUGGAAGAAUUAUUUUAGAAUUGCCUGCUGGAAUGUUGGACGAUGACAAAGGUGAUUUUGUUGGUACUGCAGUUCGUGAGGUUGAAGAAGAGAUUGGGAUCAAGUUAAAUGUAGAAGACAUGAUUGACCUGACUGCGUUUCUUGACCCUGCAACUGGAUGCAGAGUUUUCCCUUCUGGAGGAGGAUGUGAUGAAGAAAUCAGUAUUUUUCUGUACAGAGGGCGUGUUGAUAAAGAGAUAAUCACACAGCUACAGGGUAAAGAGACUGGCCUUCGGGAACAUGGGGAGCUAAUUAAGGUACGUGUAGUACCAUAUAUGAAACUUUGGCGCACAACAGCAGAUUGCCAGGUUCUGGUGGCUGUUGCAAUCUUAGAAAUGGCUAUGAAAGAAGGGCUAUUGCCUCCUUUGUCUACCUAACUCGGUAGUCUUUGUGGCUGGUGGCGCUACACAGACGAAGACAAAACAAACUUCCAGAGAAACUAUUAGAAAUUUAUAAAUUUUGUUUUUGAUUAGUCUAAUCUUUUAUCCGUGUUGCAUACUCUACCUAUUAAGAAAAUACACUAUUGGUAUUGUUGCAUAAUUGCAUUUUGUACUUGUUGGACUUGGAACUAUCCCUUGGCAUGUUAGUUAGUAUUGUUUUUCACCUUUUGUGUU